AGGUAUACGGCGGCAAUGGAGGUGGUGACCCGACCGCUCUCUCUCCUUCUCUCUCCCCUUCCCUCCUCCCCCCCUUCUCUCUCUACUGUAAUAACCCAAAGCUUGGCUUCAUAGUUUCCACUCUUUCUUCUUUCAUCAAUCUCCUCUCUAUCCCUCCCUCUCUCUCUCUCUUGGUUUCUUCGAUGGCGACGGCGGGAUACGAGGGAGGGAUCGGAGGGAAGUUCCGGCGGCGGCCGCACAGGAGGGCCGCGGCGACGCCCUACGACCGCCCGCCGGCGGUGGCUCGUGGGCUCAGGGGCCGGACGGAGGAGGCGGGCCGCAACGGAUGGCUGUCGAAGCUUGUCGACCCCGCCUCGCGGUUCAUCGCCAGCAGCGCCUCCAGGAUCUUCUCCUCCGUGUUCGGCAAGCGUCUCGCGGCGCUACCGGAAGCUCCAGAAGGAAACCAUCUAUCGAGCCAAGAAGUUCCUGAAGUAGCGUGCACUCUGCAGAAUCGAUCAUCCAAAUUGCUAGAAAAUAGAAGAAAUGAUGAAGUUGAGCAAACGAAUAAUCCUGAUAUCGGUGGUAUUUCUGAACUUGAAGAACUACUGAAGCAGAAAACAUUCACAAGGGUUGAGUUUGAUUAUUUGACACAAUUACUGCACUCAAGAACUUUUGAUCCAGACAUGUCAAAACCUACAACCAAUAAGGAAGAAAAGGAAGAGACAGUUGUUUCAGCACAAGACAAUGGAGUAGGGGGCUCCAAAUCAUUACAAGAUUGUUCAACUCCUUCAAAAAGUUUAAUUGCAAGAAAACUUAUUCCUGAGGAUGAAGCUGCUUCACCAGCAGAACUUGCAAAAGCAUAUAUGGGGUCUAGGUCUUCAAAAGUGCCCUCUUCUGCUCUAAGUUUGCGGAGCCAAGUUUUUCAUGGAGAUAAAAAUAUGCCAAGUAAUUCACUUUGUAUAUCAAAACCAUUUGACCUAUCCGUUAUGCCAAAGUCUGUUGUUCGAUUUUCCGAAACCCCUGAUCUCCCUGAAAAUGGUUUUAUGACACCAAAACCAAGAGGCAGAUCAGCCAUAUAUAGAAUGUCCUGUUCUCCAUAUUUUAAGGUCCAUCCUACAGCAAACAUGAAGGGUGCAGGACCUUCCAACAAUGUCUCUCAUGGCCCAUCAUCAUCUCACCAGGCUCUAGCAAGCACCCUGCAUUCUGGUGGCAGGCAGGUCUUGAAGCGAGGUAUUUCGGCUUUAGAUAGUGAUUUUGGAUCUGUUGGUCCUAUACGAAGAAUUCGCCAGAAGUCUAAUAUGAUAUCUCUUACAAAAGAUAUACACUCAAGACUUCCUGGAAAUCUUCUUCCUAGUCCCUCGACUCCACUUGACAAUGGUUUUAUCCAAGGUUCUGCAUCAAUGCAAAAGACUGUUGGGCUGGAUGACCAGAAGCAUGAUAACAUAGACUUACAGAUUUCAGAAAAGGGAGAUAAUAGAAAAGCUUAUGAAAAUAUUGCUCUCACUCCGCUGCAGUCAAUUGAGACUGCCAGGAAAAUAUUGCAACAGCUUGAUAAAUUAGUGCCUUCACCAAAAGAGAGAUCAUCUGGAGCAAACACUUUUUCUAGGGAUGAAUCACCUUCAAAGUUAACUCAUAUUUCGUUACGUGGACGGGUUUUUGAAAACAUGAAGGAUAUAGAUUCAUCUAAGUCUCUAAAUGAGGAAGACCAUGAUAAUUUGGAUGCUGUCAGUGAUUCCCCUCUGCUAGAUAUCAGAAAUACUCCUCAAAAGCAAGUCAAGGUGGAAGAAAAUAGCCCCAUAAAAUCUUCUGUUUCAGGAGUUAAAUCAGCAUCUGAAAGCAAUAGCGCAGAUGAUGCUGUUGUGCAUGUCGCAGAUUCCAUGCAUGGUGACAGUUCUGCACAUGUUAGGAUCUCAGAUUCUGCUGCUUUUCCUUCACAAAAGAAUCUAGCUUUUAAAAGCAUCGCACCUGAGGAUUCGCUGGAGCUGGAUGAUGAUAAUAAUAACAAAGACACUUCUGGUCCAGUAAACACUAUAGAUGAUAAUGUUGAGGCAAAGAUAUUAAAGCAUGAAGAUGUUACUUCUGAGUCAGCAACAGCAAAGAGAUUUCUGAUAUAUUCAUCCAAACACAUCCCUUCUCCAAGUUCCAUAUCUACUGGAGAAGCUGACAUGAAGGGUUCCGUUAAACCUGUUGUUUCUGAGAAAAGCACUGGCUUUGCAUUUCCUGUGGCACCUGCUCCCAGCACUCAUUCCCAGCCACCUCCAAAACCUGCCAUGCCAAGCCUUCUGCUUCACAGAUCAUCUUAUCAGAAGGAACAAACAGAUGCUCCGUUUAGUUUUGGCUCCAAAGAUGAGUCGACCAUUACAUUUUCAUCAAUUGUGAGUACAACAGGUUUCAGUGAGACUGCUGGCAUGAAAAUUAGUGUGAGCAAUGACAGUUCAGCAAUUGUAGAUGACAACUCGAAGUUGAAUAGAAGUGGUGAAAUGCAGCAGGGUGGAGAUUUGAUCAAAUCAGCUGGAACUGCAGUUUCCUCAGGCAUAUCAACAUCAAGAACACCUGCUAUGUUUGCUUUUGGUGCUUCAACUGCUCCAAGCUUAAGCAAUGGCUCACUGCACUCAUCCUCUAACUCCUCAUUUUCCACUUCUCCAGCUGUGACAUUUUCUGAUAUCACUGUGAGCUCGGUUUUCUCCACCAGCCAUUCCAGUGCAAUCAGUUCUAGUGGUUUAUCUAUAUCACCUGCAGUACCUACAUUUUCCGCAGUUCAUACACUUCAGUUUGGGUCUAGUACCUCAAAAGGGUUUCCAAUAUCAGUUUCUCCUCCCCAGGAUAAAUCUGAUAUCAUGGAUUUUGGGGCAAAGCCUACCAAGGCAUCACCAUUCAGCUCAAGGAGUUCUACUGCUCUGGACACAUUUUCAUUUUCAAGCACAGGCAGCGGCAUUUCAUCUGCUCUGACAAUACCAUUUGCAUUUUCAAACACUGGUGGUGAUUCAUCUGUUGUGGCAACAGUAUGUGCAAGUUCAAGCAUGGGCAGCAGUUCCACUGCUCCUGCACGAAGUAUGAGUGCCAGCCAAUCUGUCCUUGCACCAUCAUCAGCAUUUUCAGGUGCAAUCAGCAUUUCUGGAUCCAGUGCUUCAGGGCAGUCUAGUAGUUUGAGUCCAUCUGUUGCUGUUGACAAUUCUCAGAACCUUGCUGCUAGUUUUGGUGCUACAUCUGCAUCUAUUUUUGGCACACAGUCAGCCCAAUCUGGAAGUGGGGUCUCACACAUUUCUCAAAGCUCAGCAAGUCCAAUAGGUUCCUUUCUGUCAAUUCCAACAUUUGGACUCAGUACUUCUUCCUCAACUGGUUUUGGUAGUUCACCAUUUGGGCAUGCAUCCACUGGUACUAAAUCUUUUAGUUCAAGUUCUGGAUUUUCUGUUUCAGCUGGUACCAACUCUUCCAACCCUGGGACCAGCUCUUCUGCAGCUACUACUAGUUUACUCGGUUCAAGUUCUCAACCAUCCACAUCAUCUGUCUUUGGUACCAGUUUUGGAUCUACUGCAUCCCCAUCUACUGGAUUUUUAUUUGGAUUGUCUACAUCUGCACCAGGGAGUUCAUUUGCAUUUGGUUCAUCAUCAGGCUCAGUAUUUGCAUUCACUUCAGCGGGCUGUACUACAACGCCAUUUUUUUCUGCACAACCUGUAUUUGGAAUGUCAACUGCAUCUGCUGGUUUUAGCUCAGGAUCUACUGGAAGUGAUCAGAUGAAUGUUGAGGACAGCAUAGCUGAUGACACUAACCAGGCAGAGAUUUCUAUGGUUUCAACAUUUGCUCAACCAAGCAGUUCACUUGCGGCACCAUUGUCAGGUGGAUCAUCCAUUUUCCAAUUUGGUAGCCAUCCAAAUUCUUCAACCUCUCGAAAUCCAUCCCCAUUUCAGGCAGCUGGUAAUGUAGAGUUUCCUUCAGGAGGAAGCUUUUCUUUGGGUAGUGGUGGUGGGGACAAGUCUGGCCGAAAAUUUGUGAAAGUAAGACGAGACAAGCUACGAAAGAAAUAAGACAUCUGUCUCCCAAUAAAGACUUAUGACAUUCUUAUCAACAUUGACUCAUCCUAUGAUGACCAAAUAUUUUUCAAGCAAAGGUAAUGAUUGUUUACUAUUUCCAGCUUUGGUGCUAGGUUUUCUGCUAUCAAGGCUCUUGUGUCUUUUCCAGCACUGCAAAGUCGGUUGGUCUUUGCUUUCUGCGCCCAUUUAGCUAUAUGUUUCCAAUUUUGGAGUAGCUUUAGCGAGUGUAAGGAGUAUGUCUUGUGUUGCUAUCAAGCACAUGCAUGGUGUACUUUGUUUUGUAACAUUGGACAUCAUGUAUCUCAUCAAAUGUUAUCUUGUAUCAGGUCUGCGUUCUAUUGUACAUUUUUGCUGGGUUAUUUAUUUUAUAUGAUCCACAGUUGAGAUUGCAACUGCAGUUAUGUAUUUUCCAAUUCCUAUGACAAA